AGGCGCAGUCUUCAUUAAUGAUGCACUGUGGGAUAGCAGAAUAUUGACAUAGCAACCAGGCGCAGGAGCUACCAAGUUUUUUUCAGUCCGUAUUAACCUUACUUUUCGCUGUCUCUUCUGCGUUUAAACUAUCCAGCUUUACUUUCGACUGCUGCCAUGAAUGCGGCAGUGGUAAAAAAGACCCAGGACACGCUGGGCAAAGUGAUAAAGAAACCGCCUCUCACGGAGAAACUGCUAUGCAAGCCGCCGUUUCGAUAUCUACACGACAUCUUCAGUGAGGUCAUCAGGACCACUGGUUUUAUGAAAGGCCUGUAUGGAGAAAAUGAAAUGAAGUCAGAUAAUGUUAAGGAUAAGGACUCUAAGAUAAUCUUCCUCCAGAAAGCGAUAGAUGUUGUGAUGCUGGUGAGUGGUGAGCCCCUGGCGGCAAAGCCAGCACGCAUUGUGGCCGGCCAUGAGCCUGAGAAAACCAAUGAGCUGCUGCAGGCCAUGGCCAAGUGCUGCCUCAACAAGAUAUCCAGCGAUGAUGCAGUGAAGCGAGUGCUUGCAGGAGAAAAAGUGGACAUGAAGUCCAAGGCCAGCACCUCCAGGUCCCAGGACAAGGAAAAUAGGGAGGGACGUGAACGUCAUCUGGAUAGAGAGGAGAAGAAAAAGAUUACAGAGCGCAGCAGGAGCCAGGACCAGAAGGACCCAGACCAGCCCAAAGACCAGGAGAGCCGACGCAGAGAUGGGGAGAAAGAGCUCCACCGUGACAGGGAGCGCUCUGACAAGCACCACCGCAGUGAACAGGACCACCAUGCCAAAGACCAUGACAAAGACAAGAGUCGGGAGAGAGACAAGGAAAAAGACAAAGGACGAGUCAAAGACAGGGACAAGGAGAAGAACAGAGAGAGGGAUCGAGAAAGGGAAAAAGACAAGGAGCGAGACAAAGAAAGAGAAAAGACAAGAGAUAGGGAUUCCCACAGAGACAGGGAAAGAGACAAGGACAAACGAAGAGACAGAGACAAAGAGCGGGAGAAAGAGAGAGAGCGACACAAACAGGGGGACGAGAGGAACAAAAGUGGAGAGAGUGGUAAUAGCAAGGUCCAAGUAUCGGAGGAACCACAGCAAAAACCCACACCUGAAGAGCAUAGCAAAACAGCCAAACCUGUGCCAGCAGAACCUAACCCAGCCGAAGAGCCUGCAGAAGCAGUUGAGAACCAGUCUGAUAGUCCAGCUAGAAUACCUCGGCCUUCAUCUGCCAAAGGGCAGAGGCGGAGACCCAAAAUUGGAGGUCAAGAUGAAUCUGACAGUGAGGGAGACGGAGAUGCUCAGUCAGCCCAGAGACCUGCCCUCCAGGAAAAUGGAGACACUGCAGGCUCCGCAGUGCCAUCCAACAUGGCCUCCAGCAACAGGCGAAUACCACGGCCCAGCAGUGCUCGCCCAGCACCUCCCCGAGUCAAGAGGCAGGAAAGUUACACUGAUGUAACCCCAGCUGAAAGGCUUUCCAGUGUCAAGCCCUCAGCACCAGUUAUCAUGGAUGGGAAGAGGCUUUCUGAUGAUGAGGAGGACGAUGAUGAGCAAUUUGUCGUGGAGGAGGCGGUCCCUCCAACUUCAGAUGCUCAUGAGAUGGAGGUGGAGCCUGCACAACAACUCGACAGUGAAGACAAACAUGGUGGCCUUGUGAAAAAGAUCCUUGAGACCAAGAAAGACUAUGAAUUGUCCCCAUCCUCCCCCAAAUCUAAAGAACAGAACGUGGUGUCUGAAGCAGCACGGAAGAAAGAGCGGGACGUGGUGACGCGGGAGAUAGAGCGGCUCCGCUCAUCCAUCCAGACGGUGUGCCGCAGCACCCUGCCUUUGGGUAAGAUCAUGGACUACAUACAGGAGGACAUGGACGCCAUGCAGGCUGAACUGCACACCUGGCGGCGGGAGAACAAAGAGCAUGCACAGGCCUUGCUGCAGGAGCAGAGAGAGACAGACAAGGCAGUGGAGCCUCUGAAGGCAGAACUAGCCGAGCUGGAGCAGCUGAUCAAGGACCAGCAGGACAAGAUUUGUGCUGUAAGGUCCAACAUACUGAAGAAUGAAGAGAAGAUCCAGAAGAUGGUGACUGGAAUCAACUUCUCUUCCAGAACCUGAAGUGAGAAACAAGAUCUACAAAGAAAAACUUUCCAAAAAAAAUGCACUGAAGAUUUAGUGAUGAACAGUUUCUCAUUCAGAAUGAUGGUAAGACCAUUUUUCUUGAGAUGAUGUGGGAUGGGACCAAACACUGCACUUUUGGGGUUUUUGUCAGAAAAGGAGAUGGACCCAAACAUAUCAGAUACCAUCAGUCAGCUGUUGGUAAAUAAAAGCUCCAUAUGAUGGUUUGGAGGUCUGACUCUGAUCUAACAUCUGCUGUGACUGACAAGAUAAAUACAUGAAUAAAAUAUCUUCCUGCUCUGCACACUAACCUUACCCCAUCUUUUAGCCCUUUUCUGUAAUGGUGCCUUUGUGGAAUGAGCCAGUGCACAGCUCAUGACCUGGAAGUUAGACUAGAUAGUUGUAUUUAAUGCUGGGUCAGUUCAUCAAAAGCCCUAUAUAUUCCAAAAUGAACAAUAAUUAACAGGAGUUUUAUUUGCUGUACACUCAGCAAUGACUGGACCAAAUUUUCAAACCUAUCCUUGCUUUUUUAAUUAACCUAGUAAAAACUAAGUAAAGACUCUGGUACACAGGACGUGCCGGUUGAUUGGAGUAUUACGCAGGCUUCUGAUCUGGUUCAUUUGCUGUUUUCCAUGAUGAUUAUUGCAUCUGCUAUAGUGCUAUAGGACUAGCUAUACAACUAAAAAUAAAUAUUCUCGUGUCAACAGGUUAAUCACAGGAGGACAAGUUCAAAUACAUUUUCUAUGUAUGUUACAUGAUUGUGGUAUCCUGGUUUGAAUUUGUCCUGGGACCUUUUACAUGUCGUACUGAUCUUUUCUUUUUCUUCCAAACCUUUUCUUUAAAGCUACCUCCCUCAAGCUACUUUCCUCAAGCUAUCCUCCCUAAAAAAAUAUGAAGAAUAAAAAGAUUUUGACUGUUUUCAGCAAUCCUUUCCUGUGCUUACAACAACCUUAUCCCAUCUUGUAAAAACCAAUACCCACAGUUUAUCUAUAUGUUAUCUUGCUGUUCCACUUUUGAAGCACCGCUGCACUUUGAUAAGGGAGGUACCUUCAAGCUGCUUGGAAAAAGCUUUUUGGCAACAAAGCAGUGUUACAAUUCUUUCUUCUAUCUCUUCUACCUAUCUUCUAAAACAUAACAUAGGCACACUAAUAUAAUGUACUUUCAGGGAAAAGUAAGCGAAUAUCCACUCUCCUUGCAGUGUACAGGCUUUCUGCCAUUGUGGAGGUCCCUCCACUCUAUUUGUACUGUAGGAUUUGCCAAACUGUUUCUUUUUUGGGAUGGAGACAAUGUUUGGUCAGAUGGCAACUUUUUGUGUGAACUUUUAAUUAUUGAUAAAUUAAAAAGGUAAUAAGAUAAUAUUUUACUAUCUCCUUUUGUGACUUUAAGAAAUGUGCUUUUCAGAUGUAGUAAUAUGAAAAUAUGAAGCAAUACUAGGCUGAUAAUUGCAGUAGGAGAUUGGAUAGUAGAGAUGUGAGACUGGAAGUAACCGCUGUCCCAGUUUUCCUGACAUCUCACUGUAGUUCAUGUGUGAAUGAAAUAAAAAUAACAAAACAAGAGUGGACUCAUCAGCCAUGAUUCCUUGCAUAGUGGCCUAGCUCACCCUGAAUGAAAAUGCAGUUACCACGUUUAAGUAAUAGUACCAGUUUACAUUGCUGUUACUACUACUGCAGACUGGCCUCCCAGAAGAUAUAGACUGCCAGUGUUUACAGGAAAAUAUUAAAAAUCACUUGCUGUUACAUCCUGGUUGGAUUAAUUAAUGUAAUCCAUUAUUUUAAACAAUAUUUUUUUUUAUAGUGCCCAGUUGUAUCAAAACUAGUUAAAUUUUUCCCGAUGUGAAUGUGAUGACCAUACAUACUGUAGCUAGACUCUCUCUUUUCUGCAUAGAUUUUCUGCCCAAACAUGGGUUUCCACUUCCAUUGCCUCAUCAGACCAGUGGGUUACCAAUAGGAUAGGUGGCACAACAUCUGUGCUAAGAACAUGAAUCAGCUCUGUGACAUUACUAAUGUCAUGGCUUAAUAUAUUUGACGGACAAAACAAUGUGCACAUUGGUACUAGAAACCGGAUUUAUUUUUGGCAAUGGUGAAAAAUAAAUACAGCUAGAAACGGUAAAACUAGCUUCUGACUGGCAAAUUUUGUUUGUUUAGACUGUUCAUGGUCAUCACCGGCUACAGGAAAACAAGCAAAAUUACACUGAUUUUAUCUUUUAAAAAGGGGCACAUUGCAUUGGGAAAUAUCUGUUAAUGCUAUUCAUUUGACUGAUCCUUUUGAGAGCUGUUCACUAUGAGGAUUCAACAAUCAAAAUGUACUCUCAUUUAGUCUGAUUUUAUUCCGUUUUCAUAUCAGUAUUAUAUUUAGUCAUUCAAAUAUAAAUGCUGUAACAUUUUGAAAAGUCAAAUUUAAAAAUCCUAGAAAAGUGAGAAUGUGCAUGUUCAUAUGUCUUAUUUGAAAUUUACACUGUAAACUAUUUGUAUCAUAUCUUCUGUUUCUCUUUAAACUGUACAUUAUGUAUAUGUGGAGAUUGUAUUAUAGUGCAGAUAAUUAUAUAAUUUUGUAGUGGAGUAAAAUAAAUGGUUACAUUACAAUAAA